GGCUAGGGUCAUUGCGCGCCCGCGCCCUGCUCCUCCUCGUCGUCCAAACCCCACCGCCUCUCUCUCUCUCUCUCUCUCUCUCUCUCUCUAUUUUUGCGUCCCCAAGGGAAACUGCUUAUUGGACUUCACAGGUCACACCAUAUUGCUCUCUCUCACAGGUCACACCAUAUUGCUCUCUCUCUCUCUCUCUCUCUCUCUCUCUCUCUCUCUCAUAAUCGAGUGCCCGACUUGAAAACCUCUGAUUGAGAAAGCAGCAAUGGCGUCCAUAGUGAAAGGACGACGUGACGGGCUCAAAGGUGAGCAUCUGAAGCAUACCUCCAUUAAUGGAGUCGAUAUAUACACCAUAACUUCUCAGCAACGCUCCAUUCCGAGUUGGCUCGGCAAUAAUAAGAACCAGAAAUCUAGUCGCAGAGUCAAACAAAAAGACACCGAUGUUGUGGCCCUGCUCCAGGAUUUGUGGUUUGAAACUGCAACGACCAAGAUCAGGGCAACUCCUGACGGAGAGUACUUAAUAGCGUCAGGUAUUUACCCACCACAAGUUAAGGUAUACGAGCUAAGUCAACUUUCAAUGAAGUUUGAAAGGCACCUGGAAUCAGAGAUAAUUGACUUUGAGAUUCUCGAUGAUGACUAUUCGAAGCUUGCAUUUCUGUGUACCGAUCGUUCUAUUUGUUUUCAUGCAAAAUAUGGGAAACAUUACAGCUUGCGAAUUCCCAGAAUGGGAAGAGAUAUCACAUAUGAUUGCUGGUCUUGCGACUUGCUUUGUGCUGCCUCAUCUCCAGAUGUAUAUAGAAUUAAUUUGGAGCAGGGGCAAUUUCUCUCUUCUCUUGCAACACAAUCUCCUGCUCUAAAUGUAGUCUCCCGAAGCAAGGUUCAUGGGCUAGUUGCAUGUGGUGGUGAUGAUGGCUAUGUGGAAUGUUUUGACAUUAGAACCAAACCUUCUAUUGGUAGAAUUGAUGCUGUUGCACCCGCGGGUGAUAUUGAUCAGGAGGUCACUGCAAUAGAAUUUGACGGAGAUGGAGGCUUCCUUAUGGCUGUUGGAAGUAGUGCCGGAAAGGUACUGAUCUAUGACUUGCGAUCAUCACAUCCUUUGCGGGUUAAGGAUCAUAUGUAUGACAGCCCAAUAUUGGAUAUUAAGUGGCAUCGAACUCUUAAUUCACAGCAGCCAAAAUUAAUUACCAGUGACAAUCACAUUGUCAGGAUAUGGGAUCCUGAAACGGGUGAAGGCAUGACGAGCAUUGAGCCGGGUGGUGGAAGAAUAAAUGAUACUUGUGUUUUCCCUGGCACUGGUUUGAUAUUGUUGGCCUUAGACAGCCGUCAGAUACCAGCUUACUUUAUUCCUGAUCUUGGACCUGCUCCCAAGUGGAGUCCUAGACUGCAAAAUUGGGAAGAGCUAGAGCUGGAGGAGAAUAAAGAAGCUGUUGUAUAUGAUAAUUACAAGUUUUUGACGAGGGAAGAUCUUGAUAGAUUGAAUCUCACUAAUUUAAUUGGGACCAACUUACUUAUAGCCGUCAUGCAUGGCUUCUUCAUUGAUCAUCGGUUAUAUAAAAAGGCUAAAGAAUUAGCAAAUCCUUUCUCGUAUGAUGAAUACAUAGAGCAGAAAAAGCAAGAAAAGAUGGAAAAGGAGCGUGCCAAUCGUAUUGCACCCAAGAGGAAACUGCCCAAAGUCAACCGCAAUUUGGCACAGAAAAUUCUUGAUAACGAAGAAGCAGAUAGUGAGAAGAAAGAUAAUGACGAUAAGGACACCAAAAAGACAUCAAAGAAAAAGAAGACACUUGGCAGUGACAUUUUCAAAGAUGAACGGUUUGCGAAAAUGUUUGAGAAUAAGGACUUUCAAAUUGAUGAGCUAUCACAAGAGUAUCUCGCACUACAUCCCGUGGCUUCUACAAAGCAACCGUCUUUGGUGGAGGAACAUUUUGAACCUGUCAUGGAGGAAGAAGAUCACGACUUAGGUGAUUCUGAUGCCUCUUCAACGCCUGAGUCGUCAGAUGAUGAGAAGAAUAAUGGGAAAAAGAGAUCACGGGUACCAAGAUUGCAUGAAGUCAAGGAUGAACGGCACGCAGAAGCGUUUAGGAAUCGUGUAUCGCUUGCAAAGGAGAAUUCACUUGCACUGGGGGAGAGACUGGCAUCUCUUGAAAACAACCAACGAGCUUCUUCUGGCAUUCCCAAUGGUGUCAAGUUUGGACCCGGAGGAUCACGAGAGAUAUCCUUCAAGGCCAGAAGAUCGGCCAAGUACAAAGAGGAUGAGGAGGAUAAAGAAGAAACACGGCGUGAGAAGAGGAGAGGAGUCCAAUCGUUGGGACUCAAGUCGAAUAGGAAUAUGUUUGGAGGCCGAGGGAGAGGAGGGCAUCGUGGGAGAGGCGGUGGGAGAGGCGGUGGGAGAGCCGGCAGAAGAGGUGGCCGGCGGUGAAUCGUCUUCAAUUUAUUCAUCUUUUUGCAUCUACCUCAGGUUGUCUUCAAUUUUGCCGUUUUCUCAUUCUUUCUUACGCCCUUAUAGGAGAAUCAUAAUUAUAUUAAGGGAAUCUGUAUCGAUGUCUGAAUGUGUCGUCUUGCAAGGUCAUCAAUGUGAAUCAUGCACUUGAAUUGGAAACCAGAUGAAUUGCACGAGUUGCUCUAGUGCAUUGUAUGAUAUAUUUUCUUCUGCUUUUUAUUUAUUUUAUUUUUUUUC